CUCAAACUUAAAUCGCGUAAUGAAAUGAUGAUCAAGCAAGUAGCCUAGCUUUACUACUCGACCGGAUCUUCCAACUCUCAUCGUUCGAGCUCAGUAACGAUGAUCACCGACGCCGACACUCUCUUCGCAUCUGACCACAAAAGGGAUGCUUAUGGAUUUUCUGUGAGGCCUCAUCAUGUGCAAAGAUACCGAGAAAAUGUUAAAAUCUACAAGGAGGAAGAAGAGGAGAGGUCGGAGAGGUGGAACAGUUUCCUGGAAGAUCAUGCACAAUCUGACCUCUCACCUGUGAAUGGAUCAUCUGAAAUUAAUCCAAGUACUGAAAGUGAUAAUAAGUACGCUGAGGAAAAACAUCUCCAUAGUGACAAGCCAGGUCCUGAUUCAACUCAAGGAAAUGUUGGAGAGGAAGAUGAGAAGAGAGUGGUCAGGUUUCAGAUAUGGACUGCGAUCAGACCAUCUCUUCGAGCCAUUGAGGACUUGAUGAGUGUCCGUGUUAAAAAGAAAGAUGGCGAUGGCGAGCAAGAAGCUCCGAAAUUGAAGUCUUCAAAGAGAGUAAAUGGGAAUGAUUCUGAAGACGAGUUGUAUGAUGUGGAGAAAGAACUUGAACUACUUGUUCGAGGUGGUGCACCUAUGGCUCUGAGGGGUGAGCUCUGGCAAGCAUUUGCGGGGGUUAAGAAACGGCGGGUUGAGAACUAUUACCAAAAUCUGUUAGCUGCUGAUAGUCUAGGAAAGGACAUAGAGCAUGCAGAUGAGAAAGGUUUAAGUGCAGACCCACUCGCUGUUGUGGAAAAAUGGAAAGGACAGAUAGAGAAGGAUUUACCCCGGACAUUUCCAGGUCAUCCUGCCUUAGAUGAUGAUGGCAGAAACGCUCUGAGGCGAUUGCUAACUGCAUACGCUAGGCAUAACCCCUCUGUUGGAUACUGUCAGGCUAUGAAUUUCUUUGCUGGUCUUUUAUUACUUCUGAUGCCCGAAGAGAAUGCUUUUUGGUCGCUGAUAGGAAUCAUUGAUGACUACUUCAGUGAUUAUUAUUCUGAAGAGAUGAUCGAGUCACAGGUUGACCAACGAGUUCUGGAGGAGUUAGUUCGAGAGAGAUUUCCUAAAUUGGUUCAACAUCUAGAUUAUCUUGGAGUGCAGGUGGCUUGUGUUACAGCGCCAUGGUUUCUUUCCAUCUUCAUCAAUAUGCUUCCAUGGGAAAGUGGUCAGGCUCCAAACCAGUUUUAUUUUUGCUAUACAAAAAUUGUGAUCUUUAAAUAUUAUGUCUGUCAUUCUGAAAGAUGUUCUUUGUUUAUAAGUUCUCAGAGUGUGGGAUGUGCUUCUGUUUGAAGGAAACCGUGUUAUGCUUUUCAGAACAGCACUUGCGUUGAUGGAGUUUUAUGGUAUACUCGGCUAAACCUAAGUGUCCAUAUGAUAUAUAUAUAUACUGUGAUUAAGGGGCUGUUCGUUUCUCCAUUUAUAAUCUCUAUUCAGCUGAUCCAUCUAUGUGAUCCAUCUAAAUGAUUCAUCCAGAUUUUAGGGAUUGUUCGUUUUUCCAUCUAGAUGAGUCAUCUAAAUGAACCAUUUGAAUGAAUUUCAUGUUUGUUUUUUUUUUUUUUUUCCAUUCAAAUGAGUUUGAUAAACAAAUUACAUAUAUA